UGCGACAGGAAGUAAGUAGACCAAGAAUUAGUGCUCUCUAAGCCAAGGCUGGGUUACCUUGUUGGCUCCAAUCUUGUUUGUGAGGGAAGUCGGUUGCCAGUUGCCAGAGUUGUCUGGCAUGAAACUGGAUUAAAUUGACAAACAGGAACCUUAUCUUCUUUACUUUUGAUCAGUUUGGACAAAUUACAAUGAGUGACUUAUCAAGCCUUCUUUUGGUCUAAGUGUCAAUAUGGGGAAGAUGUCGUCCUGUGCUGUUUUUGCUGUGGUGCUGUUGCUGACGUCUCCAUCGAUGUCUGUAAUUGCACCAGACUACACUAUGGCGAGGAGUACUAGUGAUUCUUGUCCCCAUCUAUGUGCAUGCCUGACACUUUCACAAAGCCACGAGUUUGUCACGUGCCAGGUUCGCAGUUCUGCAGAGUGGCAAAAGUCUUGUAAGGAGCUACAGCAUUUCACCUUAGCUCAGGAAGCUGUCAGUUUAAGAGUAGCUGGCGAUGUGUCAGUAUUGUUCAAGCAUUCUGAUUGUUUGCCCACACUUAAUGGCCUUGAUCUUUCAAUUGUUCCUGUAAGUCUCAGGACCAGUAUGUUUGGAGAUAUGAAACUACAGUCAUUCUUAAACUUAAGCCAUAGCGGUAUAGAAGACGUCCCUGAGGAUACGUUUGCUGGUUUGACUGAUGUGCUACACUUAGAUCUUUCUCAUAAUGAACUCACCACGUUACAUCCUGGCAGCUUAAAUGGCUUGACAUUCCUCAGAGACCUAGAUGUAAGUUAUAAUCGGAUUCAAAGGAUAUCUUUCUCAAGUUUAUCUCAUUUAUCUUCCUUGGAGUCUCUGAACAUGGAACAUAAUCUACUGCUGGAGGUCACGGCUGACCAUUUGCCUGCUAGCGGCAGUUUGAAAGAUUUGAAUCUGCACUUUAACAAGCUGUCCAUGUUCAUGUUGAGUAUCAAUGAUUCAACAUUUGAGUCCAUCCGGAACAUAACAUCUUUAGACCUUUCUUAUAAUCCCCUUGAGUGCUCAUGUGUUCUAGGAGAAUUGUUUAACGCUGUUCCAUCCUUGUUGCAAAGUAUAAAAAGAGAAAAAGAUACAGUUUGCUCAACUCCUGAUGCUUUUAAGGGGCAAAGACUACUUACCGUGAAUCAGUCGGAUCUUUCAUGUACAAGUCCAUACAAUUUUAUCAGCUAUCCUUCCACCGCUAGAUCUGUGCUCAUUACCGACACAAUUACUCUUGAGUGUAAUGCUCAAGGUUACCCACCUCCUGCCAUGUUGUGGAUCACUCCCUGGGGAGAAAAGUUUUAUAAUAGGUCUGCAUCCACAAUACUCAUAAAUGAAGGGGACUUAUUGGACAGCUCUAAUUUAGACCACAUGUAUGGCAAAUAUGAAGAUGAAAAUGUAUUUUUCCAGUCUUCUAUUCAUCUCCUGGCUGACAAUAAAUUGCAAAUAUCAAAGUUCCGGGGUUGCAUCUCGGGUACAUAUCGGUGCAUUGCUGUUAAUUUUGCUGGCAAUCAAACUCAUAACAUUGAUCUCAAGAUAAUAUCUGCCAUCAAAUCUGUAUAUGGGGAAAGUUUAUUCAUCAGUGGAUGUUGUGCAGUCGGAAGUCUCAUUCUUGGCUUCAUCAUCGGAGCCGUGAAGAUGCUUGUGGUCUGGUUGCGGCGUAAGCAUUUCUUCAGUGUUCCAAUCUUCUCGAAAACACCAUCAGAGCACCCACCUGAAGCUGCUGAGUCUACUGUUACAACAUUUGACCAGUGUAACUCAAAAGAUUUCAUUGACUCAGGCUCAGAGAAAUCUCCUCCUAGCUCUCCAACGAUCGUGGCUUGGAGUACGGCAGUGGAAAUAGAAGAUCAAGAGCAGGGACAUUACGAUGAAUUGGAAAAUCCUGGUAGUUGGCGACCUCACGCCAUCUUUGAAUCCCUUGAGGAAGCUCGUGGACGUCUUCGCUAUGGAAUGGGACGCAAAAUGGAGCAGGUCCGGAAGAACGUGCAGUCCAUCAAAGAGAGCGGAAGCGUGUAUGUUCACAGCAUUAAAGAAACUGGUAGUUCAGCUGCCAGCCGGAUGAAGGCUGGUGUGGUGCUUGGCGUGGAGACGGUCAAAUCACAAGUGCAGUCUUUCAAAGAACUGUGCGGUACAGGGAACAUGGGUGGCCAGACUAUAUCUAUGAUGUCAGUGGAGACGGAUGUGGAUACCAAUGAAAAGAAAGAGGUAAUCAGACAAAUAACUUUUGUGUAGUCAACACAAAUAUGCAACAACGGCUCCAUCAAAAAAGCAUUCUGUUUUAUUACUGUUGCGGUAGUUCUUUCAGAAGUAAUUAUCACUUGACCACAAAAUAUAAACUUGUCAUCUAAAGUUGUUGAUUUUUGGGGUGUUGUUUUUUUUUUAGUUCCUCAUUAAUAAUUUUGCUAUAUUAUAUUCGUUACCCUUUGUCUCCCCCGCUUCAGUUGCAAAAAAUAGUUAUUUGAUUUAAUAAAGUUCAUGGGUUUUUUUACACAUUUUUCUUUAUUAGAUUAUUUCAUAUUGAUUAAAGCCGAAAUAAGUUUAAAUUGCCUUGAAAAGUUUUUCAACAUUACGCUAACUUCUUCAAUGAAAUGUGAGGCAGCGUGGUGGAAUCAGGCUCUCGUCAAAACAAUCAAAGUGAAGAAACUGGCAUUU